GAGGGUGUGAAGACAGAGAAUGACCACAUCAAUCUGAAGGUGGCGGGGCAGGACGGCUCGGUGGUGCAGUUCAAGAUCAAGAGGCACACCCCACUGAGCAAGCUGAUGAAGGCCUACUGCGAGAGGCAGGGCUUGUCAAUGAGACAGAUUAGAUUCAGGUUUGAUGGUCAACCCAUUAAUGAAACAGACACUCCAGCGCAGCUGGAGAUGGAGGAUGAAGACACCAUUGACGUGUUCCAGCAGCAGACGGGAGGUACGGCCUCCAGAGGGACCAUUCUGCACCCUGCACUUGCUAUGGAAUGGUGAGCGCAUGACCAAGCUGAUCACAGGAGUCUGCAGAAGCCGAGGACAGUCACCGAACAACCCUCCUCUGUUGGGUGCCCUUGCAGUGCAACACAGAACUGCAUCUACAGAGACAUGUCUACAGCUUAAAUUGGGCCAGAUUGUUUUUGAUUAGAUAAAACGAGUUGUGAGGUUUUUUUUUUUCAGUUUUGCUUUUCUCUCCCUUCCCAAGCAUUUUCCCCCAAGACUUGUUGAAUGUUGGCUCCAUCUGUAGCCAGGUUCUCAGCCCAGAGUUGAGAUUGCUCAUGAGCUGCUUGCCAUAAUCAUGUAGACAGCUCACAUUCUCCCAGUGACUGCGGCUGUGGGACACGGGGGCAAAAUUUGACUGACUUGUAGGCACAGGUUGCUACUAUGCUAAGUAUUGCAAGUUUAGGCUUUGUCCAACAUGUGGUAAAGUUGAAGGGAAAAAUUGGACUGGUUCUUGAAAGGUAAAACUCGCACAGUGAGUUGUUCAGUAAUGUGGCCCCAGGGCUCUCUGCUCCUGAUUGUGUCCUCUGGGGUCCUGAAGCUCAGGACACUGUCCCACUGUUCACUAGCUGGUGAAGGGUACAUGGGCAAAGAUUGGCACAACAAAAACUAGCUUUUUCCCUUUUCAUAACAUAGAAUAAAGUAACUACCACAUUUCUCAUUCAGUAAUUGUAUUGUGGCCUCAGACUUCUAGUAUUUGUAUCUGAUGAAUGAUUAUGGUCUCCUUAUAAAAAAAGAUUGAUUUUCCUGAAUUUGCAGUUACAUUAUUGUGUAAAAGAGCUACUUCAAAUGUGGUUGCAAAAGAAACCCAUGGAAAGGUGACUUCGUGUUCUUCUCAUGGAUUUGUGCUCCACCGCUUGAUGUCAUGCAUUAGUAUGGUGACUCCAGUUCUGUGACAUAUCUUGGGUUCUAUGCCAGUUAAAAUGUUCAUAGUUCUGCCUAUUGUCCUUCUCUAAGGAUCCAUUGCUGCUUGACAGCCAUUCUCUGACUUUCACAGUCACCUGACAAUGAUCUGCCAUCUCUUGCUUGCUUGAAAUCCUGCAAAAAGUGUUCUUUCCUUUGUUUUGCUGUAUGGGCUUGGGGUGGGAUGUUCGUUGGCUCUAUUGUGUUUAUUCACCAAUUUGUACAUUAUUUGUUGUCCUUUACUACUGUAAACAGUAAAUAUAGUUUGGUAUUCUG